UCUAGAGGCAGGUUUAAAUGCGCCGCCAGCCUGAUACCUUGCUUCAUUUGAAAGUUUGCAAUACCCAAUACUUUUAUUAAUAUUACAAAUCAGGAUGUCAAACGAAAGGGUGUUUCAGGAGCUGAGUGAGAAUUUGGAGGGGUCUCUGUGCAGGUCUCAGAGGACUAAGUUGAAAAAGCGUCCCUCAUGCAGCGCGGGUCUGGACACUGAAAACACCCCGAACGAGCUCAUCCAGCAGUGGUCACCGCCACACAAGAAGGCCCUGACUACUGCUAAAGGGAAGGAAAACGACGAAAACCAGUUUGUGCUCGCCAGACGGCCCAGAAAAAGAAGAGAAUCAUCAGCAAGCUUGUGUUGGGACAGUCUACCUGAUGAGCUGCUGCUGGGAAUCUUUUCUUGCCUCUCCCUGCAAGAUCUUCUCAGGACGUCCAGGGUCUGCAAGCGCUGGCAUCGUUUAGCGUUUGAUGAGUCUCUGUGGCACAGUGUGGAUUUGGUGGGAAAGGCUCAGCUGGAUGCUGAGCUUGGUCAGGUUCUGUCAGCUGGAGUCCUGAGGCUGCGCUGUCCACACACCUGCAUCGGCCAGCCCAGCUUUAAAAGCACACCGAGUCUUCGUGUCCAGCAUCUGGAUUUCUCAAACUGUACAGUAGAGACGUCUGUUCUUGAAGAUGUCCUGUCACGCUGCAAACAUCUACAGAAUCUCAGUCUGGAAGGAUUGGUGCUCUCUGACAACAUUGUUCAUUCUCUUGCUCAAAAUCCUGAGAUUGUCCGGCUGAAUUUAUGUGGCUGUUCUGGCUUCUCUCCUGAAUCUCUGACUGAGAUGCUGACAACUUGCACUCGAAUUGAAGAAAUGAACGUGUCGUGGUGCGACUUCAAUAAUCUCCAUAUUCAGGCCAUUGCCAGCAACAUUCCCUCAAGCGUCGCUCAGCUGAACAUCAGUGGUUACAGACAAAACCUCACAAUGGAAGAUGUCAAAGCUAUAGUAAAAAGAUGUCCGAACAUCACAGACCUAGAUUUAAGUGACAGCGUGCUUGUGACAACAGACAGUUUUCCGGUCCUGCAGCAGCUUUCCUCACUCAGACAUCUGGGACUGAGCCGCUGUUAUCAGAUCCACCCAGCUUCUCUCAUCGACUUUGAAAAGUUUCUGAAUCUGCAGACCCUAGAGGUGUUCGGGCUCAUUCAGGACAGUUACCUGCCCAUUCUCUGUAAAAGCCUGCAACACAUCCAGAUCAACACACAGCCAUUCUCCACAGUGGCGCGUCCCACCUCAUCCUCACGGAAAGACCGCACACUGUGGGGAAUGCACUGCAGACUCCUCUACAAACAUUAAUGCUUUUAAUCCAGCAUCAUUACAAGGGAAACCAAACUGUGUUGUCUUUUAAUAAUAGUCCAGAUCUCUCUUAUUGUGCCCAAUUAUCUGUGAUUUUAAUGAAACGUCUCAAACAUCACUGUUAAUUCCUGUCGUUUUAUAUUGUGAAUGUGACAAUUGUGUUGAAGAUCCUGACAAUCUUGAAUCGAAUGGUGUUCUUGUGAUUAUAGCAAAAUAAGGGAUGAAGAGAGAACAAGAUUGGUAGAUGUUUGCUACAGAUAAUUUUGAAAUCCAGAAUGUUUCCGGUUUUACUCUAGGAUUAUCAAAGGACUAGUUUAGUAUUAAGAAAAAGGUUUUUAUACUGUUCCUGAAUUGAGUUCUGUGAGAGCAUUACAGCAACUGUUUCAUAGCAGAGAAAAUAUAGUGAAACGCUUCCAUUUCUCUGACCACUUUUAAUAUUGAGAAAACUUGAAUUUUUGUACAACAUGGUUGUAUUUUUAUGAGCUGUUUACAUCAUCUGAAUUGUAAAUAAAUGUAUUGCUUUUUAUUUAAAA